AUGGCGCUCAUGUACGGAAAAGAGAAAGAUGCUGACCACGAUAUAGAGCACUCGUCCGACCCUGGCUUCAUUUCGUUCUUCUCCAGGCUUCCAGCCAAGUCUCCCGAAAACGGAACCUUGCGAGUAGAAAUUUGGAAACCUGCACCAGGCCAGACAAAGAAAGCAUCGAAGUUUGUCCUGGAGAAGGAGGCAUCCCCUGGAAAUUUACAGGCGGUAGAAGACCUUCUGUUCGUCAACUCUGACAUUCUUUCCGCCCCUAUUGUUAUGGCGAUCAAGAUUGUAUCUGCUUCCGCAGACAAGACGAAGACUAAAACGGUUGGAAUAGCAUUUGCAGACACUAGUAUCAGACAACUAGGAGUGGCAGACUUUGUUGACAAUGACUUGUUUUCAAACACAGAGAUCAAGUCUCUAAUAAUACAACUCUCUGUCAAAGAGGCGCUAAUUCCAACCGGCACUGCAUCUGGGAAUACCGAUCGUGAUAUUGACUUGAAUAAACUCAAAGCAGUAUUGGAGCGGUGUGGAGUGGUCAUUACCGAAAAGAAACCUAGUGAAUUUACCGCAAAGAAUAUCGAAGAUGACCUAAUGAAGUUGCUUGUGCAAGAUCCGGGUUCUUCUGCUACAGUGGGUAAUCCUCAAACCAUAUCUCAGCUAUCUCUUCCUGUGGCUCCAUCUGCCCUGUCUGCUCUAGUAAACUAUCUAUCAUUACUUACGGAUCCGUCGAAUCACGGAGCGUUUAGCAUCCGAACUCAUGACCUAUCACAAUACAUGAGAUUAGAUGCUAGUGCUCUUCGUGCUCUCAAUUUAACCGAGCCACCUGGUAGCGCAGGGUCUAUCAAUCGAAAUGCUACUUUACUUGGUCUCCUCAAUAAAUGCAAGACUGCACAGGGCACAAGAUUGCUGGGGAGUUGGCUAAAGCAGCCAUUAGUCAAUCUUCAUGAGAUCCAAAAGAGGCAGAAUUUAGUUGAGAUGUUUGUUGACGAUUCUUCUACUCGUAGAAAUCUUCAGGACGACUUCCUCAAAUUUAUGCCUGACAUGCAUCGUAUCAGCAAGCGUUUCAAGAAAUCAGCCGCCUCUCUGGAAGAUGUCGUCAGAGUGUACCAGGUUGUGCUUAAAAUUCCUGGUCUCAUAGCCAAUCUUGAAGGCACGCAAACAGAACAAGACGAUUAUAAGUCUCUGCUGGAAGAGAUUUACCUUAAAGAUUUCCGGGAAUUUAACGAAAACCUCUGUAAAUAUGGGGAGAUGGUGGAGCAAACGCUUGAUCUUGAUGAGCUCGAUAACCAUAAAUAUGUCAUCAAACCUGAUUAUGAUCCUCGCCUACAAGAACUUGCUAACAAGUUGAUCGAAAUCCGAGAUGGGUUAGACCAGGAGCAUAGAGAAGUCGGCAAUGACUUGGACUUAGAGCUCGAUAAGAAGCUACAUCUAGAAAACUCGCAAAAUUACGGUUAUUGUUUCAGGUUGACAAAAAAUGAUGCGAAAGCUGUUAUUAACAAAAGAAAAUAUAUCGAGCUCGGCACAGUGAAGAGUGGCGUGUUCUUCACCACCAAAACCUUGAAGGAGCUAGCUGGUGAUUACCAGGAAACUACUGAUACCUAUUCACGGACACAAAGCGGCCUCGUGAAAGAGGUAGUCAAUAUUGCUGCGACAUACACCCCUGUACUCGAGGCCCUCGAUCACGUCAUUGCUCAUCUCGAUGUAAUAUUAAGUUUCGCUCAUGUGUCAGUGAAUGCUCCAGAACCUUAUGUCAAGCCGGUGAUGUUGGAAAAGGGAACCGGUAAUUUGAUCUUGAAGGAAGCACGACAUCCAUGCCUUGAAGUCCAAGAUGAUAUAAGCUUUAUUCCUAAUGACGUAGAAAUGAUCAAAGACGAGAGUGAGUUCCAGAUAAUCACCGGUCCUAACAUGGGUGGGAAGAGUACCUACAUACGACAGGUUGGCGUGAUAGCACUCAUGGCUCAAACUGGGUGCUUCGUCCCUUGCUCAGAAGCGCAUGUACCUAUCUUCGAUUCUGUACUCUGCCGUGUGGGUGCCGGUGACAGUCAAUUGAAAGGUGUUUCGACAUUUAUGGCGGAGAUGCUAGAAACUGCAACCAUCCUUAAAUCCGCUACCAAAGAUUCCCUCAUCAUCAUCGAUGAACUUGGUCGAGGCACCUCAACUUACGAUGGCUUCGGGCUUGCAUGGGCAAUUUCAGAGCACAUAGCAUCGCAAAUACGCGCUUUCUGUCUAUUCGCCACGCAUUUUCAUGAGCUCACUGCUCUAGAUCAAGAGCUUUCCCAUGUCAAAAAUCUUCACGUCGUUGCUCAUGUCACGCAAGGAGACGACGAGGUAGCGUCGCUGAACCAAGACAUUACUCUACUAUAUAAAGUAGAACCUGGUGUCUCUGACCAGAGCUUUGGGAUACACGUUGCUAAGCUGGCCAAUUUCCCCGAGAAUGUCGUAAAACUCGCCAAACGCAAGGCAGAUGAACUAGAGGAUUUUGGCACAGAUAAAGUUCAGACUGAACCCCAGUUCUCUCCUGCGGUAACCGAAAAUGGCAUAAAGAUCAUAGAGGAACUACUACAAAAUUGGGCGAGCAAAACCUCAGAACCCGAUGGCGACGUGAUCAUGUCAGAUGAUUCAACCUCAGCAGCGCAACUAGAAGAGCUUAGGCAAUGUGUCGAAAAAUAUCGACCACAGAUAGAAAACAACCCAUGGAUACAGUCGUUAAUCACUUCCUUGUAA